ACAGCUUGACUCAGCCCCGGUGUGACAGACACCUUUGGGACAUGAAGUGGAUACUGUUCUUUGGGGCCCUUAUAGGGCCCAGCAUCUGCGGCCGAGGGAAGUUUUUUGGGGAUCAAGUUUUUAGGAUUAACGUCAGAAAUGGAGACGAGAUCAGCAAAGUAAAUGAGCUAGUGAAAUCAGACAACUUGAAGCUCAGCCUCUGGAAAUCUUCCUGUUCCUUGGGUCACCCUGUGGAUGUCCUGGUCCCGGCUGUCAGUCUGCAACCAGUCGAAUUCUUCCUCAAGUCCCAAGGCCUAGAUUACUCAGUGACAAUUGAAGACCUGCAGGCCCUUUUAGAUAAAGAAGAUGAAGAAAUGCAAUACAACCAAGAGCAAGAACGGAGCAGUAAUAACUUCAACUACGGGGCCUAUCAUUCCCUGGAAGCUAUUUACCAGGAGAUGGACAGCAUUGCUGGAGACUUUCCUCACUUGGCGAGCAGGGUGAAGAUUGGGCAUUCGUUUGAAGACCGGCCAAUGUAUGUACUGAAGUUCAGCACUGGAAAAGGCAGUCAGCGGCCGGCCAUUUGGCUGAACGCAGGCAUUCAUUCCCGGGAGUGGAUCUCACAGGCCACGGCCAUGUGGACUGCGAGGAAGAUUGUCUCUGAUUACGGGAAGGAUCCAGCCAUCACCUCCAUCUUGAAGAAAAUGGAUAUUUUCUUGUUGCCUGUGGCCAAUCCUGAUGGAUAUGUACACACGCACACUGAAAACCGACUUUGGAGGAAGACACGGUCCCUACAUCCUGGAAGCCCCUGUAUUGGUGUUGAUCCAAAUAGAAAUUGGAACGCUAGCUUUGCCGGAGGGGGAGCCAGUGGCAAUCCUUGCUCCGAAGUGUACCAUGGACCCCAUGCCAAUUCAGAAGUAGAGGUGAAAUCGGUGGUAGAUUUCAUUCAAAAGCACGGGGAUUUCAAAUGCUUCAUCGACCUGCACAGCUACUCGCAGCUGCUGAUGUAUCCGUAUGCGUACACAGCCAAGGAGGCCCCGGAUGCUGAUGAGCUGGACGAGGUGGCGAGGCGUGCGGCUAAAGCUCUGGCUUCCCUGUCUGGCACUCAGUACCGCGUGGGUUCUACCGCUACCACUGUCUAUCAAGCUAGUGGGAGCAGCGUUGACUGGGCGUAUGAUAAUGGCAUCAAGUAUGCAUUCACUUUUGAGUUAAGAGAUACUGGGCACUAUGGCUUCCUCCUGCCAGCCGACCAGAUCAUUCCCACUGCAGAGGAGACCUGGCUGGGGCUGAAGACCAUCAUGGAGCAUGUGCGAGACCACCUCUACUAGAUGAGGAGCCCGCUUUGUCUGCACUUACAUAUCCCCCACGUAGGUGCGCAUGCUGAAGCCAUAUUAAAGGGAGAUUGUUCCUUCACAUGUGCCAGAGCCCUCUGGCUUUGGAGAGGACAGAGGCCAGCCCCUCUCCACUGCCCCUCCCUGAAGGUCCUACAUUAUGGUGGCACACCUGAGAGAAGGGCUUCUGUCACUUGCCAUAUUUUUGUCCUGUUGUUUCUCUGAACCCUUUGUAUACCUUUCCUUGGGUCACUCUUAGGAUCACCCCUUACUGGUGGCAUGUCUCUACCUCAUUUUUAGAACAAAAGGGUGUCUGAGAUGGUUCUCUAACCUCAUUCAAUCUAGCCAAGCUUGUGACCUUGCUCUGGUGGGGGCCCCGAGGCAGCUGCUGUGGGAAACAAUGCGAUUGGUCUCAAAGAUGAUACAGAAUGAACUUCCUUUAAUUUCUCUCACUCCUUGAACAUAUUUUUCUUUGAAAAACAAAUCCUGCAUGGUCAUCAGUAUAGGUCAUCUUUGGCCUCCCCGCUUUUUGUUUUUAAGUUUUUGGUCUGAAUAUAAAGUAGGUUGUCACUACUCAUCACUGGGCCCCAAAUUCCCAGAUACAACAGUUCUGAUGAGAUCCUUUUUAUUAUUCAGUGUCACUGGGAUCCCAGAAGGGCAUCUGUGUCACUACAGGUACUGCUCACCCAGACACUCUGAAUAAAGUGAUGAUCUAAUAGCACUAUUGCUAAAUUAUCCCCAUCUGUCCUAUGCGCUCACCUCCACUUCGCCUUUGAACUUACUUCAAAGAUCUUGCCCUCACCCUACAAGUCCUAAAUCACUCCCCUGGCCUGGAUAAUCUCACUGCCUUGGCACAUUCCUGCUUGUGCUCUGGUACCUCGUGUUUCUUUCUUUCUUUUUUUGUCUUCUAUUUUGCACCCUGGCCCAUGAGUACCACGGAGGAGCCAGGCUUCAUCAGUCAGGCUCCGCUUGUUCCAUUCUGCCUUAGCGUGUUCCAUCUGCACCUCCCCCACUUUUUUUUCUUUUUUCAAACAUGUCUGUAAAUCUUAUCCUUCUGCCUAGGAUUUGUGCAGCAUCUGGUGUGUGCUCAUAAGCCAAUAAAUAUUCAAUAUGAGUCUUA